AUGUCGUGCAGCUGGCCGUUGGGCGACAUCGACGCCCUCGCCGUGACGGGGGGUGCCGAGCUCGACGUGCUAGGCACCGGAUUUGACGCAGCCGCGCUCGGACGCAACAUCGUCUCGAUCGGCCAAAUGGGCUGCCUCGUGCUCGACGCCUCGCCAAACCGGCUUCGCUGCCGCACGCAGGCGACGAACGCAAGUGCGGCUGGCGCGGCGGCGACGCUCGUGGUGAGCAUACUGGACGACCACGGCGCCCUGCGAGCAAACGCUUCCCUCCCGGACGACAGCACGCAAGCCCUCAGCUUCCUUCCCCUCGAGGCGACCCCCAGCGUGAGCGGCUUUGACCAGCCCUGGAUGGCCACCGGCUCAGCGGCAGGCGGCCAGGAGUUGUGCGUGCUCGGCGUGCGGCUGGACGAGGUGGCGCGGGUCCUGCUUGGCCAGGCGCCGUGUACCAACGUGACAGCCACCAGCGACGGGACCUCGCUCUGCUGCACCACGUCUGUGGCCGGCGAGGUUGGCGCCGUGCCAAUCGUCGCUCUGACGAACAGCUCUGGCGCCGCUCUGGUGGGAGCAGGAGUCGACUAUGAGUACGUGGAGGCACCCACGUUCACAGCCGUAUCGCCGAUCCAGGGGUACGCGGGCGUCGUCGCAACCAUCCACGGGACGGGCUUGUGCGGCGCGGGCGGCUCCAACGGCACGGUGUGCGACGAUCCGCUUCCCGAAGUGCGGGUUGGCGGCGCGCUGUGCGAAAUCGUCGCCGCGCACGCCGACGCGGUCCUCGUCGUGGUGCCGGCUGGGGCACCGUCGGAGCACGUCUGCGACUACUCCUGGUGCCCGAACGGCGAGCUCGUGACGGUGCAUGUGCCGCGGGUGGGCGCCGCCCUCGCCGCCCCGCCACAGGAGACGGACGCCGACGUACCAAUUUUCCAGAUGAGUGACGACGGAGGGCGCUUGGUCGUGCCGUCUCGCACCGCAGGGGCGGUCCGAUUCCGCUACGUCCCCGCGGUGGUCGCCGUUGAGCCAAAGGUGGUCUCCCUCGCCGGCGGCGUCGACCUGACGAUUCACGGCUCCGGCUUCAGCCACCUCAGCGCCCUGCGAGUCAGCCUACUGAGCAGAGAGGCGCUCGCCGACCUGGAUCGCCCACUCGGGCCGGCGCGGAACAGCUGGGCGAACACGGCCAGCACGCGCGCUCUCAACCUGACCUGCGGAAGCCCCGCUUUCGGCGGCGCAGAGGCCAUUGAGCGGCGGCCACCAAGUUGGAGGCCGGCAAGCUAUCGCUCCAUCGUGUGCCGCGCGCCGCCGCUUUACGCGACGGAGGAGGAGUACCAGCGCGGGCAGAGGGAGGACCGGGUCCUCUUUAUACACGUGGAGUGGCGGCGGCGGCCGAGGUGCACUGGCUGCGAGCCGUGGAGUGAGGGCGCCGCUUGUGCUGUCCCCGGCAGCUGCGUUAUAGAGUACACCGCAGCGCGGACACCGGUCAUCGACAUCGUCCGUCCGCAAGAGGGCGGGGCGGGGACGGCCAUCACAAUUCUCGGCAGCGGGUUCGGACCAACCGCGGCAGACAACUCGGUCUCCUUGGGCGAUCAGCCGUGCGCUGUCGUGAGCGCGGCGCGUGAUCGGAUCGUCACCAGCGAAGGCUACUACCACGGCCUCAACGUUCGCGGCUAUCCGAUGCUCAAGUUUGAGCGCAACGGGCUGACCGUGCAUAGCGUCUCUGGGAUGGUGGAUCCCGAAGCAGCCUCGGCGCACGUCACUGUCCUGGAUCGGACGACAGGAUUGGCACUUGCCCAGGCAUCGAUCACCGCCGAGAUCGAGCUGUCGGGCAGCAACGACGGUUCGGCCACCGGGCUGCAGGCGUGCACCGGCGAGUGUGACAACGACGGUCAAUGUGGCUCUGGCCUGCGGUGUUUCCAGCGCGACAACGGAGAGAAGAUUCCAGGCUGUAAGGGGAACGGAGGCGGUCCGGACUGGGAUUACUGCUACGGGGCCAUCGAGAGCGACGCCCUCGCUCUCCUCUCCACACUUGGCGGCUUCCCCAGCGACAGCGUCGUCUACUUUGGCGUUGUCAGCGACGGAAGCUUCAUGCCACCUGCGCUGCUCGAUGCCCUUCGCACGAACCUCUCAUCGACCACUACGAGCGUCUGCGUGCGCUGCGCGUACUCUCUCCUCGCCCGCGCUGACGGCACAUUACUCGCCGAGGCCCUCGCAUCGGCAGUUGAUGGUACUGGCGCAGUGGCAGAGUGGGCGCACGACGACGUCGGAUCACGAACGCUGGGCCCCGUCACUGUGCCUAUGCCUGAUGGGCGGGACGACCUGCUAUGCCCAGAGGUGGUCAAUGCGACGAACUGGAUCAAUACACGGACGACCGCAGAGACCUUUGCACUGUCACACACCGGAGGGACACACGACUUCAGCGUCGUCGUGUCGCGCACCGAUGCGACACGCGUCACCGGCGAUGGCGAGGUGGCCCCUUGGCCCCAGGCCGGGUGGGACUUCGACCUUGAGUUUGAGUGGACGAUGGAAGAUCUCCCCGGCAAGGGUGGUGAGCCGGGCGGCCUGAAGCGGUCCGUGAGCUGGGUCGAGGAGCGCAUGGCCGAGCGCGCCGCGACCCAAGCAAAGCUCAUGGAGCAGAAGUCGCGCCAGGAGAUGGAGGAGCUCAAGGCGGAGAACGAGCGGCUGCGAGCCGAGCUCGACUCGUCCGCACGGUUCCAGAUGGCGCUGUCCAAGCUGAAUGCGGCACGAAACCUCAGAGAGGCGGCGGUGGAGCCGCUGCCCGCUCACACUCGCGACGCCCCGAUGCCACCCGACCCGAGGGUUGCCCCCGCCAGCGACGACACCGGCCCUGCCGACGCUGCGGACGCUCCGGCGAGGGCCUACAGGGCUCCGCCGCCGCCCCCGACCGAGGCGCUGCGACGAGCGGCCAUGGCCGUGAGGGCCUCGCAACGCAUUGGCCCGGCCCAGCCCAUCUCGGCGCACCGAGCCCCUCCACCGGGGCCCUCGCGCGAGAAUUCGGCGCUGGAGCGCGUCGCCCGCAUCCGCGCGGCGCACGAGGAGCGGCUGCGGGUGCGGGACGAGACGCAGCGGAGAGCGCAGAUGGUGCUGGGGCGGCCGGAGGCGGCCGGGGAGGAGGAGGAGUGA